GGAUUAGUGUUUGACAAAACCCUGACUAACUUCUACCACAUAUGGAACGACAAAUAUCCGGAGAACCCAGAGAGAUUAAACACCUGCCUGGAUAGAUGUAGGGAGAUGGAUCUCAUAGAACAAUGCUAUCUGAUAACUCCACGAAAAGCAACAAAAUCUGAGGUUCUGUUACAGCACACAGAGCAGUAUUACAACAUAGUCGAACGUUCGGCCAGUAUGAACGAGGAACAGCUCAAAAUACUUUCAACCAAAUAUGACUCUCUCUAUUUUCAUCCUAACUCAUUUGAAUGUGCCUCACUUUCUGCUGGCUGCUCUAUUGAGGCAGUAACUCAUGUACUAAGCAACAAGGUUGAUUCGGCACUGGCCAUAAUAAGACCACCAGGCCAUCACGCCAUGCCAAACGAGGGUUGUGGUUAUUGUUACUUCAACAACGUUGCCAUAGCAACGGCGCACGCCUUCUUGAACUUUGACCUUCACAAGGUCAUGAUCGUCGACUGGGAUGUUCACCACGGCCAGGGUGUUCAGGAUAUGUUCUAUGAUGAUUCCAGAGUGUUGUACUUUUCAAUGCAUCGUUACGAGCACGGUUCAUUCUGGCCCAACUUGAGGAGGUCUGAUUACGAUUUUGUUGGCGAGCUCGGAGCCGAAGGUUUCAACAUUAACGUUCCGCUCAAUAAGGUCAACCUCAAGGACAGUGAUUACAUCUCGAUAUUUCAGCAAGUACUCAUGCCUGUAGCUUACGAGUUGCAGCCAGAAUUAAUCAUCGUAUCGUGUGGAUUCGAUGCUGCUAUUGGUGACCCAGAGGGUCGCAACGAAGUCAGUCCCCAAUGUUUUGCUCAUCUUACGCACAUGCUUAAAGGAGUUUGUAAUGGAAAAAUCUGUCUUAUUUUGGAGGGUGGAUAUUGUAUGAAGAGCCUUGCACAGAGCCUGGUGAUGACCCUGAGAUCACUGCUGGAUUACCCAUGCCCUCCUCUUCGACCUUUGACCCCACUAUUGGGUGUGCAAUUGUUUGACACGAUGCGGCCACCAGAUGAAUAUGAUUUCUUUGGUUACGAGGUUUGGGAGGAAGAGCAGAAAGAUGCUGUUGACGCAGUUGUCGAUGAUGUCAUCCAGUCAGCUGAUUUCUAUAAUCCGCCUAAUCGUACUUGCAUUGGUUACGAUGAUUCGAUGCUCUUACACGAGAUAACAUCUGGUCAUAGUCAUUUUAUCAUCGUUUUCGCCGUAGUACAGUCUAUAUCAUCUUCAUCGUCGUCGUCGUCAUCGUUAUCAUCAUCAUACUUACCACCACCAUCAUCAUCAUCAACAUCAUCGUGCAGUGGGAAGUACAUGGAAAAACUGGCUUACCUCUGCAGUAUGGAUUUUGAAAAACUGGAUAAGCUCAACUCGUCUUUCGAGUUCUCCUUACGGUCUGUCUAUCUCAACCAGCACACGUACGAUUGUGCGCUGACCGCUGUCGGCUGCCUCCUAAACGUCGUCGAUGACGUCGCCACCGGAAGUAGUAGGAAUGGAUUCGCUAUCAUUAGGCCACCGGGCCACCACGCAGAAAGGGACCAAUAUAAUGGGUUCUGCUUCUUCAACUCUAUUGCCAUCGCCGCCCGAUACGUUAAGCAGAAGUACAACUUGAAAAGGAUAUUGAUACUGGAUUGGGAUAUCCACCACGGAAAUGGAACGCAGAAUUCAUUCUACGAGGAUGACAGCGUCCUCUUCAUCUCCAUUCACCGUCGAGACGAUGGGCGUUUUUACCCCAACGGGCUGGACAACAUGGCGGAAAGGGUGGGGGAAUCAGCGGGAGAGGGCUUCAAUAUUAACAUUCCAUGGUCCAAAGGCAAGCAAGGUGAUGCAGAAUACAUGGCUGCCUUUCACCAGGUCGUCAUGCCAGUAGCCUAUGAGUUCUCCCCGGAACUGGUUUUGGUUUCUGCCGGCUAUGAUGCUGCUUUUGGAGACCCUCUGGGUGGUUGUUGUGUUUCAUCGGAGGGCUUUGCCCAGAUGACCCACAUGCUGACGUCACUUGCUUCCGGCCGGCUUGUUCUGGUUCUGGAGGGUGGUUACAAUAUAAACUCCCUGUCUCAAGGGGUGUGCGCCAGUGUGGCCGUCAUGCUGGGCACCCCUCCUACUCAGUUAGAACUUGACCACAUUCACCAAAGGUUUGUAUCGGUUGAAGACAUUAAGAAGGUCAUUUGCAUACACAAGCGCUACUGGAAAUCAUUGGCCUAUGACGUCGACUUGCCAUGUAAGAUUUCAACGCUGGAAUGGAUCAUCAAUCAGAGGAAGAAGUGGGAGGAGUCAAGAUACAAGAGGGAUGACGUCACUGGUGAUGACGUCGUUGUCAAUUACGAUGAUAAAAACAUGUACCUUGACAAGUCGAAUCUCAUGAAUAUUAAUGAGGAUAAAGUCAUCGGCGGAGAUGGCGGUGAUGAUGAUAAUAAAAGAAAUACGAUAACCGAUCAUAAUGGCAAUAACAACAAUAGCAAUACUAACGAUGAAGAUGAUGAGGAGGAGGAGGAGGAGGGCGAUGAUGAGGAAGCUUCAGCAAAGGAAGAAGCGGCUGCCACUAAUAAGGAAGAUGAUGACGUGGACCGGAUAAUAUCUCGAUUGGUGACCGACGGGAAUUUAGAGUUAUUUGCCGUCCAGCCGUUAGAUUGGUGUCCACAUCUUGACCUAAUUAAAGACAACACGACCCAAUUUCCAGCCAGGCAAUUGAACACCAAGUCGCCUUGUACUCUGUGUGAAGACGAAACUGAAAACUGGCUCUGCCUAACCUGCUUGCAGGUUUAUUGUUCUCGUUUCGUGAACGGCCACAUGUUGGAACAUUUCCACGCAAGCAACCAUCCACUGGCACUCAGCUAUGCAGAUCUCUCCGUCUGGUGCUACCCUUGCGACUCCUACGUCGACAAUGAGAUAAUCCGUCCAGUGAAGGCCUCAGCCUAUUUUGACAAAUUCCACUACAACAUGCCAAACAUGUAAUGUCCGGAAGAACUGGCAGGAAAACUUAUGAUCCAAACGUUUUUUUGAUCUUUUUUGGGGAUAGCGCUAAUCAGAGAGAGUAUAGUAUAUUUUAUAUAAUUGGCACUAUAUAAAUCAUAAAUAAUAAUAAUAAUGAGAAAUAAUAUUUGGAUUAUUAUAUCAUUGAAGUAGUAGAGAUUGGUUCUGAAAUUUUGAAAAAUUUUUUGUUACAUCUGUAAUGAGUUUGAAUAUUAGUAAUUUAUCCAUCCAUCAAUCAAUCAAUUUGUCAAUCAAUUAGUAAUAUCAGUAUAUCAAUCAUUAAUUCAAUGUAUCAAUCUGUCAAUCAAUCUAUCAAUCAUUCAAUUAUUAAACCGAUUGUAUGAUCGAUAAUUAGACGUUUUCACACACACACACACACACAAACACACACACAAUUACUGAUGUAUAUUCAAUUAACGGUAUAUAUUUUAAUAUUAAUUUAUAAUUAAAUAAUUUAUUUACAAUAAAUAUAUAUUUUAUAUUGAAUCAAUUUUAAUAUUUAUGUUGCAUUUUAUAUGUGCGUGUGUAUGCGUGUGCGUGUGUAUAAUUAUAAUAUAAUUUAUUAUGGCUAAUAAAACAUGUUUUUAGGGACAUUCUAAAUGACUUUUGUAAAAUUCCUUGAAAGUACAACCAAUCAGCAUUUUACAUUUUAUCAACAACAACAAUAAUAAUAAUAAUACGAAUAAUAAUAAUAAUAAAUACAGUAUAAAGAUUUAUCGUACAUUAUACUACAAAUGGGUUAAUAAUGUUUAUAUGCGUGUUUGAAAAAAAAAAUAAAAAAAUGAAUUUUU